GUUGCAAAUAACUGAAAUAACGUCAGUCAUCAGCAUCACUUGAACACAUCCGGAGCCCGUUACACAUGCAGACAUAAAGGGAUGAUGAUGAUGAUGUUACAGAUCAUUUUGCUCCUGACUGAAUCUGUUCUGGUCUCUUCAUACGCAUUAAACUCCACAGUUCAGUGUGAAAGACCCGAUGCAAAGACGACACGGCGAGUGAGAGCUGGAGAAUCCAUAUAUCUGCCCUGUCCGAAUCUCCAGUGCUAUGAAGAGACUGAAAACAGCUCGUAUGUUUGGUUUAGAAACCUCAGCAGAACAAAGCAGGUGGAGCGGAUCGGGACGGAGGAGAGCGAGCGUGUCCAUUACAACCAGUCUGUUUUAUACAUCCUCUGGUUAAACCUGAACGACACGGGACGAUACAUCACACGCUGGUGGUAUGCAGAGGAUGAGUGUGGUGAAUUUGAAACUGAAGUUGUGGUUUAUGAGGAGUUCAGCACGGAUCUCUUGUACUACACAAUGCCCGAACAGAAGGUGUCGGGAAUCUACUGUCCCGUGUGUGAAAAUCAGCAGGGCUCGAUCGUCUGGUAUAAGGUCUGUUUGGGUGGAUGUUGCUUUCUUUUUUGGCAGAAUUUCGUUCUUAUUCCAAACCAAGAGUCUGCUCGUGUUUUACGUAUUCCUAACUCUUCAAAAGAAAGCGAGGGCAUUUACACCUGUGUUUGCACGUGGGAGCAUCACGGGAUAAAACACAACUCCUCUGGAUCUCGCAGACUGAUCAUCAAAGAACAGACCAUCAGCAGUCCUCCAAAGUUUCUGCUGCCCAUCAAUAACUCCGUUGUGUUCACUGAUGUGGGUUCAGAAGUGAUCCUUAAUUGCUCGGUCUUCUUUGGACUGACUGUGUGUGACCAGUGCUCUAUUCACUGGGAGAUAAAUGGGAUCAGGCCGAGUGGGUUAAAUGGAUAUGAGCAGAAAUACAGAAGGAUGGAUGGCACCGUUCAGUCAGUUUUGACCAUCACUGAAGUUUCUGAGUCGGACCUCCGUUCUGAGUUUGCCUGCAAAGCUGAAGACUCUGUCGAAGUGAUUUUUGUGUCAGUCACUUUGAAGAGUCGAGCAUCGGUGUUCUGUGUGAUUCUGGCAUGCAUUUGCACGUUUCUUGUUUUGCUGCUGGUCGGUGGAGUACUGAAGUGGUUUGCAUUGGAUCUGGUGCUGUUCUUAAGGCAAAUUUUUGUCAAGCUCUACAGGAAAGAGGAUGGGAAACUGUACGAUGCUUAUGUGAUUUACCAGAGAAACAACUUGAAUGAGAUGACAAGCAAAACUGUAAGUGACUUUGUCAGUGGAUCUCUGCUAACGGUGCUGGAAAGCUACUACGGCUUUAAACUUUUUAUUCACGGCAGAGAUGACCUGCCUGGAGAAGACUGCAUUAACCUGAUUGAAACAGAGAUCCAGCUCAGCCGGAGACUCAUCAUCAUUUUAACAUCAGGAGCAAGUACAGAUAAAAGCAGCGUUUCUCCUGAAGCGUAUGAUCUGCAGGUAGGGCUCCAUCAGGCUCUGGUCCAGGGAGCAACCGGCGUGAUCCUCAUCCAGCUGGGACAGAUGCGGGACUACACACAUCUGCCUCUCGGACUGCAGCAUCUGCUCUGUAAGAAUUCACCUUUACUGUGGAGAGACGGCGAAUCCUCACCCAACUCCAGGUUCUGGAAACGAGUGCGAUAUCAGAUGCCUGUUGCGUCGUCCUGUCAGAAGAGUUCGAGGAGUAGAUCGUGGAAGGCAUCGUUUCAAUAUCAGGGUUUACUUGUUUGAUGCAAGAGAUGCAUCUCAGGUCCAGGGGCUGGAUUCAUGAGAAGAAGUUAAGAAAUUAAGAAAUUAAUUAAUUAAAGAAGCUAAGAAAUUUCUUAAGAUAUAUUUGUAAGAAUGUUCGCGAUUCUCAAUAAUUUUUUUUAGAACAUCUUAUUUUUUUUCUGUAAGAAAAUGACAGGCUUAACAUUAAA